AUGGAUAAGAUCAAAGAGUUCCUCCGAGUCAACAAGUCCAUCAAAUACAUCCGCAUCCAAUGGAUAGACUACUCUGGCGUGCUGCGCGCACGCUUCGUCCCCGUCGCUCGCUGCCUGCGAAUCGCCAACGGCAGCGAAACCAUCCGUCUCGCCCAGAACAGCAUGAUCAUACCCAUCUCCACCGCCCCCAGAAUCUUCUCCCUCAGCGACUACCACGAAACUUGGUUCUUGCGCCCCGAUUGGUCCUCCCUACGUGUUUGUGGCUUUCAGACCGGCCACGCGGCCGCCAUGAGCUUCGUCGACCAAAAGGAUGCCGAGACCAGACUCGACAAGUGUCCACGCAUGCUGCUUAUCCAGGCUCUUGAACGGCUUGACAAGGAAUGGGGUGUCAAGGUGCUAGUAGGCUUUGAGAUUGAGUUUGUGCUCUUAGAUGGAGAUGGCUCAAAUGACGUUGUGAAGCCCCUGGAUCGACUGAAUGGAUACUCUAGAACAGCUGGAUUGCGCGCCGAAACGUUGGAUCUAGUGGAAGAGAUUAUCGACGCUCUCGAGCAGUCUUCCAUUAGCAUUCACCACUUCCAUGCAGAAGUUCAGGAUCAGCUAGAGAUUGCUCUUACCCCUGAACCCGCGUUACAAGCCGUUGAUUCCCUUGUUUUAGCACAGGAAACUAUUCGGGCGAUAUGCGUACGUCGGAAUCUCAAGGCGACCAUGACCCCGAAACCAACACUGGCUGGACCAUCAAACGGCCUACACCUCCAUCUCUCCCUUGUCAACGUCAACGUGGAACACGUGUCGGCAGAUCAUUUUAUCGCCGGCGUCCUUGACCACAUGGGCUCGCUGUGUGCUUUUGGAAUGGCAAAUUAUGAUGGCUACGCCCGUUCCGUUGGCGAUGCUGCGGGCGCAUGGGUUGGAUUUGGCACCGAUAACCGUGACUUGCCGGUUCGCAAGAUCAGCGACUGGCAUUGGGAGUUCCGCAUGAUGGACGGCACUGCAAAUCCCUAUCUAUUCGCCGCGGCUGUUUUGCUUGCUGCUCUAGAUGGGCUUGCAAAGAAGACGGAGUUGGUUUGGAAGGAUUGCAAGCUCUUCCCACAUUUGAUGAACGAGAAAAUGCGGGUUGAAUACGGAAUCAAUAACAGCAUGCCAGUCACGUUUAAAGAGGCGUUGGAUUGUUUAAAGGAGGAUGCUGUUGUAAAUGCUUGGAUUGCAAAGGACUUGCUGGAGUGGUACAUCUCCGUCAAGGAGAAAGAGGUGGAGGUUUUUGGGGAAAUGACCGAUGAGCAGAGACGGCUUCGAUUCUUGGAGUACUUUUGA